AACAAAUUAGAAGCCAAGUUGAGAAAACUCUUGCCUUCUAAAGUGUCUGUUCGUUCUUCUGAUCCCAGUGCUCGUUAUGCUAAUUUCAAGGAAAUCGGUACUGGUGUCAAUGGUGCUGUCGUAAGAGCUUCUUAUCGUAAAAAGCCCAAUGUACGUGUGGCCAUUAAGCGCUGUAAACUCGAUCCUGAUCGUGAAUACCGUGCUGCCAUUCUUCGUGAAUUAAAGAUCAUGUCUUCUGGUCACAGUAAUCUCAUCAAAUUACGUGAGGUGACCCUGUGUCAAGAUGAUAUCUGGAUGACCAUGGAUCUCAUGCGUUGUUCUGUCUUUGCUGUUCUCUGUCAAAGAGGCAUUCCUGAAGAAUACACUGUCUAUAUGGCUUGUGAGACCCUGAAGGGUUUAAGUCAUUUACAUGCUCAAGGCAUUUUACAUCGUGAUGUCAAAUGUGAAAAUCUCUUGUUAGGUUGGCAUGGUGAAGUUAAAUUAGCUGAUUUUGGUUUAUCAGCACGUAUUAACCGUCCUAAUCAUGAAAGAUUAGGUACUACCAAAUGGAUGGCACCCGAAGUUAUUAGAGAAGAAUAUUACAAUGAAAAAAUUGAUAUGUGGUCUCUUGGUAUCACUAUCAUUGAAAUGAUGGAUCGUGUACCACCUCACUAUGCCAUCAAAGAUGAAGAAGAACUGUUUGAUAUCAUUGCUACUGAGCCUAGUCCAACCUUCACUUACAGCCACCCUACCAUGUACAUGCGUGGUUUAGUUGCUUGGUUAUUAGAUGAAGAACCCGAAACAAGACCCAGUGCACGUGAUGCUCUGUUAGAAAUUGAAGCUCACGUCCAUUCUCAUCUUUUACCUUGCUCCAAUGCUCAAGAUAUGGCUCGCUUCUUAAAUCAAGUCUUACCUGACCACUAA